CGGAGCCCCACCACAGAAGACAAAGAGCAAGGAAGGGACAGUCCUGCUGAGGAGGCUGCAGCAUGAACCCACGGAUCAGAGACCCGAUGAACCGAAUGUAUCCAAAGACAUUCUGCCAAAACUUUGAAAAAGAACCCUGCCCCUCUAAUCAGAACAGCUCCUGGCUGUGCUUUGAGGUGGAAACGAAAAACUCAGCUGUCUUCUUCCACAGAGGGGUGUUUCGAAACCAGGGCCCUGUCAAGACUCCUUGCCAUGCAGAAGAAUGUUUCCUGACUUGGAUCCAAGGGGUACUGCCCCCUGACCACCACUACCAUGUCACCUGGUAUGUAUCCAGGGGUCCCUGCGCCAACUGUGCAAAUCUUAUUGUUCACUUUCUGGCCAUGCACAGAAGGGUGACCCUGACCAUCUUUGCUGCCCACCUCAACUUCUUCUGGGAAUCAGAUUUCCAGCAAGGGCUUCUCAGGAUGGAUCAGGAAGGGGUCCAGCUGCACAUCAUGGGUUAUGAAGAAUUUGAAUACUGUUGGGACAACUUUGUGUACAACCAGAGAAAGCAAUUUGUGCCUUGGAAUGGAUUGAAUGAAAAUUAUGAGUUCAUGGUUUCCACGCUGGAGGACAUUCUCAGAAGCCCUUUGGAUAGGAUACGUCAAAAAGACUUCAGCAUCCACUUUCGGAACUCUCUGUGGCUUGAUGACAAAAGUACCUGGCUGUGCUUUGAGGUGAAAAGAACCAAGUCACCUGUCCCCCUCUACAGAGGAGUCUUUCGAAACCAGAGCCCUCCCAAGACUCCUUGCCAUGCAGAAGUACGCUUCUUCACUUGGCUUCAGGAUCUGCCCCCUGACUUCUGCUGCCAAUUCACUUGGUACUUAUCCUGGAGUCCCUGUGCUGACUGUGCAGAUCUUGUGGCUAAUUUUCUGGCCAAACACAGAAAUGUGAGCCUGACCAUUUUCGUUGCCCGCCUCUACUACUAUCGUGACCCAGAAAUGCAUAGGGGACUUCGCAGGAUGUAUCAAGAAGGGGCCAAUGUGGACAUCAUGUCUGUUAUAGAAUUUGAAUACUGUUGGGACAACUUUGUGUACAACCAGGGAAAGCAAUUCGUGCCUUGGAAUGGAUUGAAUGAAAAUUAUGAAUUCCUGGUCCCCAGGCUGCAGGAGAUUCUCGAGCAGAUGGACCCACUGGUCCAGCAACAUGCUUUGGCGACCACCAAGAGACCAUCAGCUGGGCAGCAGGCAUCAGGGAUACCCACAAGCCGUGUGGAGGCUGGAGUCCUGCAUUUGGUACCCCACCUGGUUUCCCUUUGCCUUAGUGAAGCAAUGCCAGAGCAUGUGAAUUCUCGCAAGGUUUUGAGGACAAGUGACUCCCGAAAACAUCUUCUAAAGCAGAGCGCAUCACGGGCUCAGGGGGAGCCAUCAAGGGGAGCCAUCAGGGCAGACUCGAGUAAAUCUGGAGCAGAGACGCACCACGUCUACACCAGUUUCAUUUUCAGUUGCUCCUCCUCCAAUCCCUGUACAGACACCUCCAGUUACAGUUCAGGCAGCUGUUCUGCCAUCGCAGUCUCAGAAUCCUGUGCCAACACCACAGCCGUCUCAGCCAUUAGUAUCCUCACCAUACCAUUGUCCUCCACCAGCUCCCUUAGUUGCAGAACUCAGGGCACAGGGUACAGGGCUUGCAGGUCCCACCAGUAACCUGUUACUACAAUGAAUAGACCUUUGGUGCCAGCUAGUGGCCCAUUAACAUCUACAUUCCCCAGCUAUCAAGGGACAUUAUUAAGUAGAGCAGUAGCACAGGCUAGGGCCAGAGGGGAUUUGGAUGCGUGGCAGGCUCCUGUAAUUCUUCAGAUAAGACAAUCAGGUGAGACAGCAGGCAGGUGAGCAGGAAAGUUUUCCAUUUAAAUUUCUGGGAAAAAAAAAAUUU